AUGGAAACUACAAGGGUACUUUUCUGCAGACACUUUGUUGUCCUGUAUCUCCUUCAGAUGGUUACACCAAGUUCCAGAAAAUUCAUGGUAAAAGGCUUAAACGGGCCAAUCCUGGCUCCAUUUCAUGGAGAAGUUGAGCUCAGCUGCCAGUUGUCUCCCCAACAGAGUGCACAACACAUGGAGAUCUGCUGGUUCUGUGACCACUACACACAACCCAUUUACCUGUACAAGGAGGGUAAAGACCUGUAUGGAGAAACUACCUCCAGGUAUGUGGAGCGAACAGAACUCCUGAAAGAUGCCAUUGGAGAAGGUAAAGUGACCCUCAGGAUCUUUAAUGUCAGUGUUGAUGAUGAUGGGCAGUACCACUGCUUCUUCAGAGAUGGUGAUUUCUCUGAAGAGAACAUCACAGAAGUGAAGGUCACAGGUGAGAUGGAUCCCUCUGAAGUUUGUCUGCAUCUGUGAUUCUCAACCCAUCUGUGGCUCAGCAUUAGAAAAACUCUCAAGUGUUUCAGACUAUUUCCUUAUUACAUAAUUUGGUUAGCAAGUUUAACUUCAUGCAUUUAGUUUUUGAAUUGGAAAGAGUAGAUGAUCAAGGGUGAAA